UGGUUAUUUCCCUACUGAGAGGGCGGAAGAGGUGUGCUUAACGUAACCUUUUUGGCGACACAAUGUGAAAAUGGCGUUAUGAAAGGAAACUAGCACGAGCAGCGGGCAGAUAAAGUAUUCCGAGCAUGGGGAAUACGAGCAGCGAGAGGAGCGGCGCGGGCGACAAAGCGAACAGACGCGAGAGCCGCGGCGGAAAAGAUACAACGCGACCCAAACUUCUGUUGGACAGCACGGAGGACGGAGACCUCUUUCAAACAGACGAUGUCAAGGAGUUUCUAGCCUGGCAACAAGAUCAGGAGUCAGACUCCAAAGCCCCGCCAGAGGAAAGACCCACCGUCUUCCGCUGGAACGGCCCUGGGAAAGAGAUCUUCUUGUCUGGCUCCUUUAAUAACUGGGCAAGCAAAAUCCCCUUGACUAAGAGUCAUAAUAAUUUUGUUGCAAUAAUUGAUCUGCCGGAGGGUGAGCACCAAUAUAAGUAUUACGUGGACGGACACUGGAUAGUAGAUUCCAAGGAGCCUGUUGUGACCAAUAAGUCAGGUGUGGUGAAUAAUGUCAUUAAAGUGAGAAAAACAGACUUUGAGGUAUUCGAUGCCCUGAAGACAGACUCUGAGAAAUGUGCCGACAUGUCAGAGUUAUCUAGUUCACCUCCGGGCCCGUACCACCAGGAUCCCUACACCAAAUCAGAAGACAGACUGCGCUCUCCGCCCAUCCUCCCACCACACCUGCUGCAGGUGCUCCUUAACAAAGACACUGGAGUCUCUGUAAGUACUUUAUUUUGUGACCCCACCCUGCUACCUGAACCAAACCAUGUGAUGCUCAACCACCUCUACGCACUUUCCAUUAAGGAUGGCGUGAUGGUUCUCAGUGCUACACACCGCUACAAAAAGAAAUACGUGACCACACUGCUUUACAAGCCUAUAUGAACACAAUCCACCUGUCCUUAACACUCUUACAGUAUAUUCUCAACAUUUCCAGUCAAAGAAAGGGACCAAGCACAAAAAAAAAACAAUCAUAUGUCCGAGUGAGUUUAUGUUUGUGUAUUUUUUGAGUGUCAGACCUAUUGCUGGUGGAACUGUUAGUGUGGAAUAGUUGGUGUAAAUGUUUUAAGACAUUUUGCUGUUUUAUUGAUAAAAAAUUGUGGCAACACUUUGCUUACACAAUUAUUGUAACACAUUUGCCAAAUGUAAAAAUAUUAUUUUUGACUUCUUACCAGCAUCAGGAGUAAAUAAGUGUUAAAAUUGUGUACCGUUUUCCUUGGCUGUUUAAUAAGAAAUGUCCUGUCAUGUUAAUCUUUAAGCAAAUAAAAUAAUAAUAAAAUAAAAAUACGUGAAUGAAUGGACCAUUGUGCUAAUAAAGUCAUUUAUCUAU